GUUGCAUGCCGCCAUCGCCGCGAAUAUCAUCACCACCACCAGCGGCCGCCAUUCCCUUUUGGAAUCGCGCGUGUGGCGCCCCAACAACAACCUUAAGAAGAGCCAAACAGUGCAAACGACGCAAACGACUAUCACCACCACCAAACGGUGUUCCCCAAUCUCCCCAAUGGAGCGCGAGCACCACUACAAACACACGCUGGGGGCGAUUUAAGUAGUUGAAACGCGCUUUAAAGCAUCCGCACUCUAGUGGCAGCAGCGGUACGAAGCAGCGGCGUGCUUUUGCAGCAGCAGCAGCAGCAGCAGAACCUUAUUUUCCCGCAGCAGAGGCGAACAAGGGUUUGGUGCAGACCGUGGCAGUUUUUGCUGGAUAUCGACAAGAUUUUUCCCCGCUCGGUGGCAGUGAUUGCCAACAAUACACACACCGGCUCUACCUACACGCACCCCGCUGGCUUUUAAAAGCGAACGAAAGUGGUGUCCUUGUGAAGUGUUCUUCUCUCGAAUAAAAUCAGAAAAAAAACAUCACAUCUAACCACUACGCCCCCGCUGAGUAGUGCAAUCGAGUGUGCGUGUAUUUUUUUUAUAUAUUGUAAAAGUACAAUCUAGUAGGUGUGCGGAACAGUGCGAAACCAAAGAAGGCUUUGUGUAAGCGGGACCGUCUCAUUUUGUGCGAACAGCUUCCAGUGAUCGGCUUUGCGUCCGAAAAUCGAAAAUCAAAUCGUGUCCAUUUUGUUUGUAAAUUUUGCGUGUGUCUGAGAAAAAAAAAUGGCCCUCCGUGUGGUUGGUUUGAUGAUCCGCCAGGAGCUAUCCGGGCUGGCCGGCAAAUCGUCGGUGCGCAUGAUCAGCACGAACGGUGGCCCUCGGUGUGCCCGCAUCCUGGAGCACUCGCCCAAUGCGCAUCUGAACAAGACGCUGCUGGACCGGUACACGCGCCUCAAGUACGACCCCAAGUACGUGCAGGCCACGUACGUCUGGAUCGACGGAACGGGCGAAAACGUGCGACUGAAGGAUCGCGUGCUGGACUUCGUACCAUCGAAGCCGGAAGACCUGCCGAGCUGGCAGUACGAUGGCAGCUCCACCUACCAGGCGCUCGGGGGCAACUCCGACAUGAAGCUGGUGCCGCGUGCCCUCUACAAGGACCCGUUCAAGGCGGGCCCGAACGAUGUGAUCGUGCUGUGCGACACGUACCAGCCGGACGGUAAGCCAACCGCCUCGAAUCACCGCGCGGCCAUGCAGGAUGCGUACAACCGCACCAAGGAUCUGGAACCGUGGUUCGGCAUCGAGCAGGAGUACACCUUCCUGGACGUCGAUGGGCGUCCGCUCGGAUGGCCGGUGAACGGAUUCCCGGGACCGCAGGGUCCGUACUAUUGCGCCACCGGAGCACAGAACGUGGUGGCACGGGAUAUCGCCGAGGCGCACGCCGUGGCCUGCCUGUACGCCGGGGUGCAAUUCGCCGGCACGAACGCCGAGGUGAUGCCGGCACAGUGGGAGUACCAGGUCGGACCGGCGCUGGGUAUGAAGUGUGCCGACGAUCUGUGGAUCUCGCGCUACAUCCUGUGGCGCAUCGCCGAGGACUACGGUGUCGUGGUGACGUUCGAUCCGAAGCCGAUGGAGGGCAACUGGAACGGUGCCGGUGGCCAUUGCAACUUCUCCACCAAGCCGAUGCGCGUCGAGAACGGCAUCAAGGCGAUCGAGGCUGCGAUCGAGAAGCUGUCGAAGAAGCACGACAAGCACAUCAAGGCGUACGAUCCGCGCGGAGGAAAGGACAACGAGCGCCGGCUGGUCGGGCGCCUCGAGACGUCCUCGAUCGACAAGUUCAGCUGGGGUGUGGCGGACCGUGGCUGCUCGGUGCGUAUCCCGCGCGGUGUCGCCGACGCCAAGAAGGGCUACCUGGAGGAUCGCCGUCCGAGCUCCAACUGCGACCCGUACAGUGUGUGCAACGCCAUCCUGACCACCUGCCUGUUGGACGAAUAGAUCGUCGCGUGUUGAAAAUCUCCGCCGAAUGAAAAACAUAUUCCUCCCCCCACCAACUACAUCAUAUUCUUCCCCGGUUUGCCCCGAUUCUCCGUGUAGCUAGAGGAGAAUCGAAACUUAAACCCAAUCCCCUUUCCAUCGGUAAAGGUCAUCCACCAGCUGUGAGUGUGUGCGGUUUAGUGAACGCUCGGACAGAAAAGAAAAAGGGAAAACCAACCGUCAUGUAUACGUUUCCUCGUUUGUUUGAGUUGUUGAAGGACAUUGCUGAAAGCAGAGAUAUGCUGUGUAGGGUGUUACUCAAAAUCACUCAUUUGAUAAGGGCCCCAAGGGCAGGGAAUCGAAACGGAGCCGCGCUUUGAUAUCGACGGUGGACUGAUGCGUUUUGAAAUUGAAGCUUCGCAUUUUUGUUUUUACCGGUUUUUGCCAUCCUUCUACGGGAGUUUUUAUUCGUUUUUUGUUAACUUUUAUUUUUCUAAAUAGAUUGUUAAAACGAGGUAUUUCUAUUUUACAACGAUGCGUAAAAAAACAAAAAAGGAAUGGAUGACGGUAAAAAUUAUGUACAAUAGCGUGGAAAGGCGAAUGGACUCGGAUGGGCUAUAAUAAUGACAGCGGACAGAAGGUUGAGACAGAUGUCGAGUGAUUUUUUCAAAAAGGCCACAACUUUUAUCAAGCAAACGAUGUAUUUUUUACAAACAGAGACACGUUACUUACUCUUGUUGAAGUGCGUUUAUUUUUUACUAACAACUAAGUGCCAGGCCUGAGUUUGCCGCAUCGGAAGGGUUUUAACAGAAGGGACAGCGUGCAUUAAUAAUCAAAAUGAAGAAACAUAUGAAACGAUCAGGAAUAUUAGCUAUCAGAAAAUCGGAAAGGCUACGAAGAGACGUAAAGUUGGGAAGAAGAAAACAAAAAUCGAUAAAUGCACGCAAUUGAAUGACAGAGUGCAUUUGCAAAACAUGAAUGAGAGAGAAAAAGAGCGAAAGAGAGAGAUAUAAAAGAUGAAAAAAUCAUUGUAGAUGUUUAAUUAAUUUUUCGUUUAGAAUGUAAGUCCAGUUGAAUUUUAAGCUAAUAUCAGAAUAACGAAAGGGAGUGCAGAAGAGAAUAAAUAAUUAAAAAUAUCAAAUCGA